AAUAUAAUCACUGAUACCUAAACUAUUAACUGUGAAAUAAUAUUUAUAAUUGUAUUAUUUUCAAAGGUCUCGACUUAGUAUGUGAUAAAAAAUGUGAGAACAAUGGUUGGUGUAAUGCGGAUAAAGUUUGUCAGUGUCCUGAAGGUUACAUGGGACAGUACUGCAAAACAGCAUUGUGUUAUCCACAGUGUAUGAAUAAUGGGACAUGUGUUGCCCCAGGUGUCUGUCGAUGUCCACCAGGUUUUCAAGGACCACAUUGUGAAGGAGGUAUUUGUGCAGAAAAGUGUUUAAAUGGRGGAAAAUGUAUACAAAAAGACACAUGCCAAUGUCCUAAGGGGUUCUAUGGUUUACGAUGUGAAUACUCUAAAUGUAUUAUACCAUGUUUAAAUGGUGGAAAAUGUAAAGGAGUGAACAAAUGUAGAUGUAUAUUUGGUUUUCAAGGAGACCAUUGUGAAAUUGGUCAACCAAUAAAACAAUAUUAUAAUUGCAAGAGGCCCUGCCAUCAUGGAUAUUGUACAGCAAAUAGAAUAUGUCGUUGUCAACAAGGAUGGUUUGGGAAAUUUUGCCAAAGAAAAAUACUCAAGCCAAAACACGAUAAUCAUAGGUCAGAAUAUCCACAUUCUUGUGAAGACGAUGAUGAUGAUAUGGAUGAUUAUGAUGAAGUGCCUAAAAGUCAUCAUAGAUGGCAUUGACUGUACAAUUAGUAUGCAAUUUAAGUGUUAAUAAAUGUAUAAAUAAAUGAUCUGUGAUUUGUAAAGUAUACUUAAAAUAUGUAUCUAUUGGGACUUAUGUGCAAGUUAUCAACAACUAACCAAUAAAAAAGUUACUAAAAAUGUUCAAC